GCCAAACUCGGAAAAACUGAGAAACGCAAAGGAAAAAUGAAAAACGCAACAGACACACGAUGACUUUAAAGUUUCGGGAGCUCUCAGUUUGACACUGAGGUGUGGCCGAACACGUCGAGGAACAGGAAGUAUCCUAUUAUGGAAUAGUGGUUCUCAUAUAAACUUCCGGUAGGGUGUGAGCUUGAAGCGAAGGGUCUAUCUGGAAUUAAAGAGCGACUAUUUUCCCUUUUUCAUCCCUCUUUUUCACACGCGUUUUCAGGAAAAAAAAAUGUCGAAGUCUUUGAAGAAGAUAGUGGAGGAGAGUCGGGACAAGAACCUCCCAGAGGUGGAGAUGUGCGACAGAGGCAUUUCGAACAUGUUGGACAUUCAAGGACUCUUCACUCUGUCCAACAUCACUCAGCUGGUGCUCAGCCACAAUAAACUCACAGCUGUACCUCCUAACAUCUCUGAGCUGAAGAACCUGGAGGUCCUAAACAUGUUCAACAACCAAAUCGAGGAGCUGCCCACUCAGAUCAGCAGUCUUCAGAAGCUGAAACACCUCAACCUUGGUAUGAAUCGUAUGAGCAGCUUGCCCAGAGGAUUCGGUUCGUUGCCAGCUCUGGAAGUGUUGGACCUUACCUACAACAACCUGAACCAGAGCUCCCUGCCUGGAAACUUCUUCUACCUCACCACUCUUCGUGCUCUCUAUCUGAGUGACAACGACUUUGAGGUCCUGCCUGCUGACAUUGGGAAGCUGACAAAGUUGCAAAUAUUGAGUCUGAGGGAUAAUGAUCUGAUCUCGCUGCCUAAGGAGAUUGGGGAGUUGGCUCAACUCAAAGAACUUCACAUCCAGGGCAACAGACUGACUGUCCUGCCCCCUGAACUUGGUAACCUGGAUCUGACUGGUCCUAAACAGGUGUUUAAAGCAGAGAACAAUCCCUGGGUCACUCCCAUUGCAGACCAGUUCCAGCUGGGUGUCUCUCAUGUUUUUGAAUAUGUUCGCUCAGAGACCUAUAAGUAGUAAGUGCAAACACACACACACACACA